AAAAAAGAGCUGCUAGUGGAGUAUUGUCUGUCUCACCCAUUAUACUGUAAAAAUAUUUAAGGUAACACUGAACGUAAAUCACAUUGGAAAGCACUUGUGCUGUUUUAGGAAGUGGCAGUUUUGGUGGUUUAGAUGUUUGGAAUGAGUGGAUGGUGUCCAUCUGGAUUAUGGAAUAUUUUGGAAGUCAUCAUCACUGAAGGAUUUAAGUGGUUUAUUUGAGGAAAGGCUCUCAAACACUGAGCUCAGUGUUCUGAAUGAAACAGAGGCAUUUUGGUAUCAAGUAACAUGCCCUGGGGUUGCUGAUAAUUCCUUUUUUCAUUUUGCAGAGUGGCAGCAUGAUUGCUUAACGUUAGAAUCCCUGCAGCAAAGGAAGAACUUGAUAUACUCACUGCCUACCAGUGGUGGAAAAACUCUUGUAGCUGAAAUCAUAAUUCUCCAAGAAUUACUCUGCAGGCAGAAGGAUGUUCUGAUGAUCCUGCCAUAUGUUGCCAUUGUCCAAGAAAAGGUUAGGGGUUUAUCAAGUUUUGGGAUAGAACUGGGUUUCCUGGUUGAAGAAUAUGCAGGAAGUAAAGGAAGAUUUCCACCAAUCAAAAGGAGAGUAAAAAAAUCUCUUUAUAUUGCUACUAUAGAAAAAGGACAUGCUCUGGUGAACUCCUUAAUUGAAACAGAACGAAUUGAUGACCUUGGCCUGGUUGUGGUAGAUGAGCUGCAUAUGCUCGGGGAGGGAAGUCGUGGAGCAAUACUGGAAAUUACUCUGGCCAAAAUUCUUUACACCAGUAAGACGACACAGAUCAUUGGCAUGAGUGCAACGUUAAAUAAUGUUGGAGACCUGCAGAAGUUCCUGCAAGCAGAGUACUACACUAAUAAUUUUAGACCGGUAGAUUUGAAGGAAUACAUAAAGAUACGAGACACCAUUUAUGCAGUUGACAGCAAAUCUGAAAAUGGCUUUGCUUUUUCACGUCUCCUUAAUUUCAAGUAUUCUAGUAAUCUGGAGAGAGCAGAUCCUGACCAUAUCAUUGCACUGGUUACUGAAGUUAUUCCUAAAUAUUCCUGCCUUAUCUUUUGUCCCACUAAAAAGAGUUGUGAAAAUGUGGCUUCAUUGGUGUGCAAGUACCUCAAGAAAGAAUUUAGAGCUCACAAGGAGAGGGAAAAAGAAGAUCUCAUCAAGAACCUAAAGAGCAUUGGAAAUGGAACUGUCUGUCCUGUUUUGAAGCAAACAGUCCCUUUUGGUAUUGCCUAUCACCACAGUGGCCUUACAAAUGAUGAAAGAAAAAGCAUAGAGGAAGCUUAUUCUUCAGGUGUCCUGUGUCUACUUGCUUGCACAGCCACUCUAGCUGCUGGAGUCAACCUGCCAGCUAGAAGGGUGAUUCUCAGAUCUCCUUAUAUUGGCAAUGACUUCCUGAAGAAGAACCAGUAUAAACAGAUGAUUGGCAGAGCUGGUCGAGCUGGUAUUGACAGUGCUGGAGAAAGUAUUCUCAUAGUGCAAGAAAAAGACAAACACUUGGUUCAGGAUUUAGUUCACAGUCCUUUGGAGAAUUGCUACAGCAAUCUUCUGCUGGAGUUGACCAAGGGAAUGCAGAGCCUGUUGUUAUCUUUAGUUGGACUGAAGAUAGCAGUUACCUAUGAGGAAGUGGACAAUUUUAUGUGCUGUACAUUGCUGGGUGUUCAGCAACAGCUGCUGCCUAAAGAGAAGAGCCUCUCAGAGGUAAUUAAAGAUGGGCUGGAAAAUCUAAUAGAAAAAGGACUCCUAAAAGGAACAAUAUCUGAGAAGGACCACAAUUCCAAAUCUGCACUGACAAUCACACCCUUGGGUAAAGCUACAUAUAAGAGCUCAAUAGACUUGGCAUACUGCAAUCUUCUGUACAGGGAGCUGAGGAAGGGUUUGGAGGGGCUGGUUCUCGAGAGCAAUCUUCAUCUCCUGUAUCUGUCAACUCCCUAUGAUAUGACUUUUACCUGUAGCCCAGAUUGGAUGAUAUACUUUAGACAGUUCAACCAGCUAAGUGCAGCAGAGCGAAAAGUAGCAGACAUUGUGGGAGUACCUGAAAGCUUUAUUACAAAAAAGGCUUCUGGUCAAGCCAUCAGAAAGAAUGUGGACAAUGCUGUGGUGAACAGGCUCUACCUGACAUUUGUCCUUUAUUCCCUACUGAAAGAGACCAACAUAUGGAGUGUUUCAGAGAAAUUUAACAUGUCUCGGGGAUAUGUGCAAAAUCUCCUCAGUUCUGCUGCCUCCUUUGCAUCCUGCCUUCUACAUUUCUGUGAGGAAUUGGAAGAAUUCUGGGUUUAUAAAGCCUUGCUGACAGAACUUACCAAGCAGUUGACAUACUGUGUUAAGGCAGAACUCAUCCCUCUGAUGGAGGUAGCAGGAGUUCUAGAGGCACGAGCCAAACAGCUUUACAAUGCAGGGUACAAAACUUUAGCACACUUGGCUAAUGCAAAUCCAGAAACUCUGGUGAGGAUGAUUGAGCACUUGUCACGACGUCAAGCCAAACAAAUCGUUUCAUCUGCAAAGAUGCUGCUGAGUGAAAAAGCUGAGGCUUUGCAGGAAGAAGUUGAAGAACUCUUAAAAGUGCCAACAGAUAUCCCAGGGACCCACUGAUUGUCACGAAGAAAAACCAUGAAUCCAAAAUUUGCAUUUUUUAAAGUUUUUAACUCUCCUGUUUAAAGCUGCUGUAAUUUAAUAAAUAUUUAA